CUUGUUCCCAGGGGCAGUUGGCGGAAGAGAUCGCGCUCCCUGGCCGCCGGCUUGCCUUCUUCCUGGAGUUCUCGCAGCCCGCGUCUCGGCGUCUGUCUCGUCCCGGGGUCCAUUUUCGGGGUCCGGGUUGCCUUCCCUCGCCUGACUGGGGCACAGCGAGGCGGCCCCCUCUUCUGACGGCAUUCCAUGGAGUAGGGUCCCGGACCGUUGUCCCGAAGAGCGAGAUCGAGCUUGGCCCCCUCCCCCCUCCCUUCUCCCUCCCUCCUUCCUUCCGUCGCAACAUGGCUAACAACAGCCCCGCGCUGACAGGCAACUCGCAGCCGCAGCACCAGGCAGCCGCAGCCGCGGCCCAGCAGCAGCAGCAGUGCGGCGGUGGCGCCGGCGCCACCAAGCCGGCGGUCUCGGGCAAGCAGGGCAAUGUGCUGCCGCUGUGGGGCAACGAGAAGACCAUGAACCUCAACCCCAUGAUCCUGACCAACAUCUUGUCGUCGCCUUACUUCAAAGUUCAGCUCUACGAGCUCAAGACCUACCACGAGGUGGUGGACGAGAUCUACUUUAAGGUCACACAUGUUGAACCUUGGGAAAAAGGAAGCAGGAAAACAGCUGGCCAGACAGGGAUGUGCGGAGGGGUUCGAGGUGUUGGAACAGGAGGAAUUGUUUCUACAGCUUUUUGCCUGUUGUACAAAUUAUUUACUCUAAAAUUAACUCGCAAACAAGUGAUGGGUCUUAUAACACACACAGACUCUCCAUAUAUCAGAGCCCUUGGAUUUAUGUAUAUAAGGUAUACACAGCCCCCUACAGAUCUAUGGGACUGGUUUGAAUCCUUCCUUGAUGAUGAAGAGGACCUAGAUGUGAAGGCUGGUGGAGGCUGUGUAAUGACCAUUGGAGAAAUGCUGCGGUCUUUUCUCACAAAACUGGAGUGGUUUUCUACCCUGUUUCCAAGAAUUCCAGUUCCAGUUCAGAAGAAUAUUGAUCAACAGAUUAAAACUCGACCUAGAAAAAUCAAGAAAGAUGGAAAGGAAGGUGCUGAGGAAAUAGACAGACAUGUUGAACGCAGACGCUCAAGAUCUCCAAGGAGAUCACUGAGUCCACGGAGGUCCCCAAGAAGAUCAAGAAGUAGAAGUCAUCAUCGUGAGGGCCAUGGGUCUUCUAGUUUUGACAGAGAAUUAGAAAGAGAGAAAGAGCGCCAACGACUAGAGCGUGAAGCCAAAGAAAGAGAAAAAGAAAGGCGAAGAUCCCGAAGUAUUGAUCGGGGGUUAGAUCGCAGGCGUAGUAGGAGUAGGGAAAGACACAGAAGUCGCAGUCGAAGUCGUGAUAGGAAAGGGGAUAGAAGGGACAGGGAUCGGGAAAGAGAGAAAGAAAAUGAGAGGGGUAGAAGACGAGAUCGAGACUAUGAUAAAGAAAGAGGGAAUGACCGAGAAAAAGAGAGGGAAAGAUCAAGAGAACGGUCUAAGGAACAGAGAAGUAGGGGUGAGGUAGAAGAGAAGAAGCAUAAAGAAGACAAAGAUGAUAGGCGGCACAGAGAUGACAAAAAAGAGUCCAAGAAAGAGAAAAAACACAGUAGAAGUAGAAGCAGAGAAAGGAAACACAGAAGUAGAAGUAGAAGUAGAAAUGCAGGGAAAAGAAGUAGAAGCAGAAGCAAAGAGAAAUCAAGUAAACAUAAAAAUGAAAGUAAAGAAAAAUCAAACAAACGAAGUAGAAGUGGCAGUCAAGGAAGAACUGAAAGUGUUGAAAAAUCAAAAAAACGGGAACAUAGCCCCAGCAAAGAAAAAUCUAGAAAACGUAGCAGAAGCAAAGAACGUUCCCACAAACGGGAUCAUGGUGAUAGUAAGGACCAGUCAGACAAACAUGAUCGCCAGAGGAGCCAAAGCGUAGAACAAGAGAGCCAAGAAAAACAACAUAAAAAAGAUGAGACUGUGUGAAAAAUUUUGUAAAAGUGGAUCACAUUGAAUCCUAUAAAUGUUUGAUUAAAUCUGCUUUUUUUUCCCCUGAGUUGAGAUUGUGCAGUAGUUACGCACUCUUCAACCUCCCUGUAGGCUGCAUUUUCAUUUCUUCUUUUGUGUAGGGAAGUGCCUUUGUAAUCCCAUUUAUUGCAUUGAUGUUUUCACCCAAUUGUUGAGUUUGAUACAUGAUGCACAAGAUUGUUCUUGCAUUUUUAUUGUUUGUUUUUAAAAUGUACAGUCUGUACAUAUGUCCUGAAAAUGUUUUAAUUCCUUUGGCAUGGUUGCCAUGUUGGUUAAAUUUGUAUAAGGCAAUAAACUGCCACUAAUUCUA